AUGCGCUCUGCUGCUGAUCAGCACAAUUUUCUCUAUCGCAAGAUUAUUACUUCCCCUCGUUCUCUCUCUCUCUCUCUCUCUCUCUCUCUCUCUCUCUCUCUUGCUCUCGCUUUGUUAUACUUCUCUCUUUCUCCUCCUAUCUUUCUUAAUAUUCUACCCCCCUUUGCCGUCUUAUAUCUCCUUCUUUUUCCCCUGAUCUUUCUCCCCGUUGCACAGCCUCUCUGUUUGUAUCCCCUCUUUCUCUCUCUCUCUUUCCCUUCCUAUUUUCUUUUGCUCUCGCUUUGUUUUAUUUCUCUCUUUCUCCUCCUUACUAUCUUUCUUAAUAUUCUACCUCCCCCUUUCCCUUUUUAUCUCUUUCUUUUUCUCCUUCUCUUUCUCCCCGUCCCACAGCCUCUCUGUUUAUAUCCCCUCUUUUUCUUCCUCUGUCUCUUCCUAUUUUUCUCUUGCUCACGCUUUGUUUUAUUUCUCUCUUUCUCCUCUUUACUAUCUUUCUUAAUAAUCUACUUCCUCCCUUUUCCUUCCUAUCUCUCUUUCUUUUUCUCUCUCGCUUUCUCCCCCUCUCACAGUUUCUCUGUUUAUAUCCCUCUCUCUCUCUCUUUCUAA